CCGCGCGCACUGGUGUGAGUGCGCACACGGAUAGAGCAGCAAACGUUAGUGUGCGCCCACUCACGUACGCCGCGGUACGCACUGGUGUGAGUGCGCACACGCGUGGAGCGGCAAGAGCUUGUGGGAAGCAUAGCUCGCGCUUGCAAGCUACAAGUCGAAAUUUAUGAUGCCUCCGUCGCCAAAAAGGCGAUGGGAUAACCGGCUCGGGCAGGAAACGGGAUGUUGGCAAAAAUCAGGUCACAACUUGCGAGCAAAGAAACUAAGGAAACGGCUCAAGCAUCCGCUAAAAAUCCCAGACACGACGGAUGGGAAAAAACGCGCAGCCCGCAAGCUCUAGAGGACACAUAAAGUUCACGGUGACCCUAGCUCAAACAAAGAGGGUACGGCAGCAACAAACAGUAUAUAAACCGAGACUCAGAGAGUCUCGGGGCCAGUUAUCGUUCUCGGUUCAAAGCGUAUACAUCGACGCUCGUCGGCUCAGUGUUCAUUCUCGGUUCGAAGCGUGUACGUCGACGCUCGGUCUUCACAUACACCUUUACUUCUCGAGUCAAAGUUCACAGUUUACGUGAAAGCCAGCCUGUUGCUCGGCUCCGCAGAUAAAAUCAGUGCGAGAUAGUAAUACGAAAAGUACGCGAGCCCGUGCACCUGCAACCACCGACGCCGCCCAGCACGCUGACACCGUGCCGGCUUUAUCGACACCGAGAACACCCUCAUCGACACCGAGGACACCCUCGUCGACGCCGAUCUCCUCGAAGCCGAUCGCGCCGACGCCGAUCACCCUCACCGACGCCGCACGAGCCGAGGCCAGACCGUCACGGGCCCGCCCUACAACAGACAGCACACCGACGCCUUCAGCCACCGCACCGAUCGUCGCCGCCGAAGAGAAGAACACCGGUACAUACUUAUAGUAUUGUGCAAAAUUUCAUUUAUCAUGGCAGAUUUGGGCUCAUGCAAAAUAGUAAAAAAAGAACUUCACGUUCCUACACUUGAAGAAGUAAAAAAUGUUUUUCUCAAAGCUCUGAAAGAAAACUUUAAAGAUGUUGAAAUUUCUGUUGUGGACUGUCCAGAUUUAACUGAAGAACCUUUCACACUUUCUGCCCCAGGACUUGGUGGUAGAAUGAAUAUUGUUGAAGUUGGAGGACCACCAUAUCUAUUGCCGUUAGUAAACAGAGAAAAAGUGUAUGAUUUACAAUCUCUUUUAAAAGAUCUCAAAUACGGAGAUAGAGCUUUUGCCGCUGGAGCUGGUGCAGGUCCAUGGCCAUAUAUCAAUCAAAAUUGUGAGAUGAUGAUGAAUGUUAUGAUAGAUUCAUCCAAAAUAAAAAAUGGAACCCGUAUAGCAUCUGUCAAAAAUGAUGAUCAGACUUGUCUAUUAGAAGUUUUGAAAGGAAAUGAAACUAGAUUUGCCCUUCUAGCAAAUUUGUUUCUUUGUGAAGGAAUACCUGGUAGAGUACUAAAAGUUCAUGUAAAAACAAGAGUAGGUAAAAAAGAUUUUAUAGCUACGAUGCAACAAGCUUUAGCUGAACAUUAUGUUGACAAUCUUGUUGGAUUAGGAGGAACGUUUGUAAUCAAGCAAGGAAAAGCAAAGCAGCAUGUGAUGCCUGAUUUCUCUAAGACACCAUUAAACACUGUUGAAGAUCUUGACAAAUGGUUACAUUUUUAUGAGAUGUCAGCACCAUUAGUAGCAGUUGGUACUUUUGUAUCUGCUGAAACAGAUUUAGAUUUGCGUGUCCAACAUUUCCAUAGCUUUUCUCAUCAUGGUGAAGGUGGACAUUAUCAUAUUGAUACAACUCCAAAUGAUGUUGAAUAUCUUGGAUAUUUUAAUGUUGGUGAAGUUCUUUAUAGAGUUGAUCAACCACCGAAUCCAUUACAAUUUGGAAAAGAUUGAAUUAUUCAUUUCAUACUAAAAUAAUUUAAAAUUAUAUUGUUUUUAUGUACAUUUAUUCAAAUAUUUCAUGAGAUAAUUUUAAUUAAAUAACUGUGAUUGAGACUAUAUGGUACACACAA